AUGGUCAAAGUCGAAGACCCAUCGAUCCUUGAGGAAUCUGCGAAAGAUGAAUAUAAAGACCCCCUACCUCAGAAGAUUGGCCCUGAUGGUCGCACCAUCUACCUUUCACGGAAUAAUUAUGGACCCACUUUAAAGACUACUGGGAUCAUCACCAUUACCGAUUUUGAUCUUUUUGUUAAUGGAGAUAGACCUAACAACGGCUGCAUCCAAGCAGAAAUAUAUCGGGCACCAGAAGUCAAUUUGGAUGCUUGGUUUACUUACAGCGCCGAUAUAUGGAGUUUAGGGGUGAUGCUGUGGGACCUGCUGGAAGGUAAAAAGCUUUUCAAGGAUGUCGAUCCUCUCCAUGACCAAGAAUACAAUGAGCCGAACCACCUUGCAUAUAUAACUUCAUUAUUAGGACCUCCACCGGAAGAUAUCUUGGCUAGAGGAAGGAGAGCAGGACUAUUCUAUACAGCAGAUGGGACUCUGAGAAUUGAAGCUCGUGUGCCGGCAACAUUCAAGUUUGAGAAUCUAAUCAGGAAUAUACAUGGUGAUGACAAAAGGAUGUUCAUUGAAUUUGUGAGCAAAAUGAUUAAAUGGCGCCCAGAGGAACGCAGCACCGCCAAAGAAUUGCUGGAGGAUCCUUGGCUUUAUGCGGAUUUUGACGAUGACUGA